GCCAAUUUCCAGUCGGGUUUUUAUCUUCGUGUCUUUCGGACGUGACUUUGAAAACGUGCGCUUGUUGUGAAAUUGUUUGUAUUGAAUUUCAUCCUCUUAUUCGCGUUGUAGCAGAAAGGAAGUAAUUCGGAAGUGCUGUCUUUUCUUUCUUGCGUGAGCUGUUCAUUAGCUGUCAAUGGUGCGGUCUUUUUCUCUCGUGUGCAAUUACUAAAAACGGUGACGUCGGGGAUUGCUUCGAUCGAAAAAGUUAUCACUAAUCGUGAAUUGUGUUGAAGAAAAAUACUAAAACGCGACGAAAUUGCUUUCGUUCUACCAAUCGCUUACUUGGAUUAUUAGAGAAUAAAUUGGAGGAAACCGACGGGUUCGUUCAUCGUCUUGAUCUGUAACAGGUAGCCCAUACGCAAAGAUCGCCCAUUGAAAUAGGAGAAGGCCCCUGUACCGUCACAUAGUAACAAGAAUUAGGAAGAAAUGUCCGCAAAAGCAAUACGCGAAGCCACCGGCAAGGAUAUCAUCAACCGACACCUCGUGGGAGAUCAUGGCGCCGCCAAGUGCCGGUUCGCGGCCGUCGAUGAGAGCACACAAUGGAGCCAGCUUGUUGUCGACAAUCCCUGGCUGGAAACUACCCCCCUCGUCGUCAAACCCGAUCAGUUGAUUAAGCGACGAGGCAAACUAGGACUAAUCGCCGUCAACAAGAAAUUCGCCCAGGUUAAACAAUGGGUCGACGAACGUAUGGGCAAGGAUCAGAAGGUGGGCAGUGCCACCGGCAAGCUGCGAACUUUCAUCAUCGAACCAUUUGUCCCGCACAAAGAUAACGAAGAAGCCUACGUUUGCAUUUACUCCCAUCGAACGGCGGAUACCAUUCUGUUCUACCAUCAAGGAGGAGUUGACAUUGGAGAUGUAGACUCGAAAGCACUGAAGCUCGAUGUACCUGUUGGGGAAGAUGUUACUCUGGCAAACAUCGAAAAAGUGCUACUUACGGAAGUAGCAGCUGCUAAGAAGAAGAGAAUCGCCAGUUUUAUCUUUAAUUUGUACAAACUUUAUGUAGACCUGUAUUUUACUUAUUUGGAAAUCAAUCCCCUAGUCGUGACAGACAGCUCCAUCUAUAUUCUGGAUCUGGCAGCAAAGGUCGAUGCUACAGCGGAUUUCAUGUGCGGUCCCAAGUGGGGAGCGAUUGACUAUCCGCCGCCAUUCGGACGUGAUGCCUACCCGGAGGAAGCCUAUAUUGCCGAUCUGGAUGCGAAGAGCGGUGCCUCGCUCAAGCUUACCAUCUUAAACCGUAAUGGUCGCAUAUGGACCAUGGUCGCUGGCGGCGGUGCGAGUGUUAUUUAUUCGGAUACCAUUUGUGAUUUGGGUGGCGCCACCGAGCUGGCCAACUACGGUGAAUACAGUGGGGCACCUUCGGAGCAACAGACCUACGAGUACGCGAAGACCAUUCUCGGCCUCAUGACUAGCAGCCCGAAGCAUCCAAAGGGCAAGGUGCUGAUUACUGGUGGAGGUAUUGCCAACUUCACCAAUGUGGCUGCUACCUUCAGUGGUAUUAUUAAGGCGUUGCGUGAAUUUCAACCGAAGCUGAUCGAUCACAACGUUUCGAUAUUCGUGCGACGUGCUGGUCCUAACUAUCAAGAAGGUUUGAGGAAAAUGCGCGAAAUCGGUAGCACAUUGGGAAUCCCCUUAUUCGUAUUUGGCCCGGAAACUCACAUGACUGCCAUUUGCGGUAUGGCCCUUGGCACAAAAUCGAUUCCGAAAAGUUGCGACGUACAUUUUGCAACGGCAAACUUCCUGCUCCCUGGUGGACAACAGGCUGCCGAUGCUGCUAAGAAGUCCUCAGCAGCAGGCAGCGAUGCCAUCAAUGCAGAUACAUCAACAUCAUCUUCCAGUGCGACACAAUCGGCAGCAGCGACCACUAGGAUCGGCAGCAAUGAAAUUGUCAGCCGACCAGUCAAGAGUAGUGGACCCGCCGUUAAGUACUCGCAGACAAAGAUCGGCUCCGGCGAGUACCGUGAGAUGUUCAGCAAUCGUACCAAGGCACUGGUAUGGGGCAUGCAAACUCGAGCUGUCCAAUCAAUGUUGGACUUCGAUUUCAUCUGUCGGCGCGACGAACCAUCCGUCGUAGCAAUGGUGUACCCAUUCACUGGGUAUCACAAGCAAAAGUUCUACUGGGGCCACAAGGAGGUGCUGAUCCCGGUGUACUCGAAAAUGUCCGAGGCCAUCAACAAGCACAAGGAAGCCGACGUACUGGUUAAUUUCGCCUCGCUGCGAUCGGCCUAUGAGAGCUCGUUAGAGGUGUUGGACUAUCCACAGAUUCGCACGAUUGCCAUCAUCGCCGAAGGUAUUCCGGAAAACCUAACCCGCAAGCUGAACGUGGCUGCUAGAGCGAAGAACGUUUCCAUCAUUGGGCCGGCAACGGUCGGUGGGGUCAAGCCCGGUUGUUUCAAAAUCGGCAACACCGGUGGCAUGUUGGAUAAUAUCCUGCACUCGAAACUGUACCGUCCAGGUAGUGUUGCUUACGUUUCCCGUUCCGGUGGUAUGUCGAACGAAUUGAACAAUAUUGUUUCGCUGACAACGAACGGUGUGUUGGAGGGUGUGGCUAUUGGAGGCGAUCGGUACCCGGGGACAACCUUCAUGGAUCACAUUUUGCGGUACCAGGCCGAUCCUGCAGCCAAAAUGAUUGUGCUUCUCGGAGAGGUAGGUGGUGUUGAGGAAUACGAAGUUUGUGAAGCAUUGCAGGACGGAAGAAUUACUAAGCCGUUGGUCGCCUGGUGCAUUGGUACCUGCGCAGGAAUGUUCACUUCUGAGGUACAGUUCGGUCAUGCUGGAUCAUGUGCCAACUCGGAUCGCGAAACUGCCAAUGCUAAGAACAAAUCAUUGGCUGCCGCUGGUGCCCACGUUCCCGAUUCAUUCGACACCCUUGGAGAUAUGAUUGGAUCAGUAUACAACGAUCUUGUGAAAAGUGGUAUCAUCGUUCCAGCCGAAGAAGUCCCACCGCCAACCGUCCCGAUGGAUUACUCUUGGGCCCGUGAACUGGGACUGAUCCGAAAGCCGGCCUCCUUCAUGACGUCGAUCUGCGACGAGCGAGGUCAAGAACUGCUGUACGCCGGUAUGCCGAUUAGCGAUGUCCUGCAGAAAAACGUCGGUAUUGGUGGUGUAGUUUCGCUACUUUGGUUCCAACGUUGUCUGCCACCGUACGUCUGUAAAUUCUUCGAAAUGUGUUUAAUGGUGACUGCUGACCACGGACCGGCCGUUUCCGGAGCUCACAAUACGAUUGUAUGCGCGCGUGCCGGAAAAGAUCUCGUCUCGUCAGUGGUUAGCGGUUUAUUAACGAUUGGUGACCGAUUCGGUGGUGCGUUGGAUGAAGCGGCAAAGCAAUUCUCAGGAGCUUAUGAUUCAAACCUGCAUCCGAUGGAAUUUGUGAACUCCAUGAGAAAGAAGGGUCAACUGAUUAUGGGUAUUGGGCAUCGUGUGAAAUCAAUCAACAAUCCGGACAUCCGAGUCAAAAUCAUCAAGGAGUUCGUUAUGGAAAACUUCCCGGCCAAGCCUCUGCUAGAGUAUGCUCUGGAGGUUGAAAAAAUCACCACCAGCAAAAAACCCAACUUGAUUCUGAAUGUGGACGGAGUGAUUGCCACCUGUUUCGUCGACAUGCUGCGAAAUUGUGGUUCCUUUACCAGUGAGGAAGCUCAGGAGUACAUCAAAAUCGGCGCUAUCAACUCGCUGUUCGUACUAGGACGCAGCAUCGGCUUCAUUGGACACUACAUGGAUCAGAAGCGUCUGAAGCAGGGACUGUAUCGCCACCCGUGGGAUGACAUCUCGUACGUGCUUCCGGAACAGUACAACUAAAUUCGGCACCACCGUAGCAGGAGUAAAGGACUGACGACGGCACUAGGGGAGGAGCAUAUCCAUCGUAUGACAUAAGCGACAGGGGAGGGACUUUAAGUCUUAUGACCUGACAUAGCACAACUGAGAUAUCUGUAUUUUCUUUAUUUUCCUUCGUUCAUUCUUUGAACAGUUCACAAAUUGACACACGGGAAUGCAAUCUGCACACCCUGUAAAUGGGACCCCAUCAUUCGAGGGAUGCAUGCAACAGAAUCUCGUUCAAACGGCAAAUUAAGGGAAACGAUGGAAUCCUUUGACUAAAAAUAGAUCCAACUCAUUCCAUUUGUUAGGUUCAGUUUUCAUUGCUUUCUUUCAUUUUGUAUUAUUCUCUCAUAUUUCAAAUCUACAUUCGACCUGAUGCUGCAUUUACCAAUUAUCUUUUCCGGUGAAAUCCGUUUCAUAGAUUACCCGUUUGAUACACCCAUCACUGAUUUUAUCCCUCUAACAAAACGACGCCCAUGGCGAUAGGAAUCUGAAUCGCCAUAUAAAAUAAAACAGCAACUUAAAUGAACAAGAAUGAAAAUUACUAUUUCAAAGGCAACACAACAGAGAAAAUGCAUAUUGAUUCAAUUACGUUAACAAACCUAUUUAAAUCCAAAUUUAAAUUAUUUGCCUAAACUGUAAGAUCGUAAUUAGGUGUAAAAUAUCAAUAUUCUAUUGCAAACAAAGAGAAGUGACUAAAGAUAGCUUCCAACUUUAUCGGCACACGUAAGGUAAGAACAGAUUCAUUAGGUGGGAUCCCUGUAUGAGAGAUACAUUUUUUGUUACGCUAAAUUAUUGGUCGAUAUUGUUAUUUUUGUUUGUAACCGUCUUUGUGACUUUUUUUUUUUUUCGUUCGAACUAUUUAACUUUUUUCUCCAAUUUUACGUUUUUUGAUCGUGGUUUCCCAUAUUUAUCAUUUUGCAUUUUUCAUUAUUUUUUUUAGGUAUGCAUUACGAUAGCAAAUUUGUUUAGCGUAAUAGAUUUUGUACUUUCAAUUCUGUCACUACUUUGUAAUUGCGUUUGUUGUAAGUGAUUAUUUUUACAGUUUUAUUGUAAUAAACAGCUGAUGAACUCAUUUCAUUAAGAUCA